AUGCAUGCGGGCCCUGGGGUGUUGCGGCCGCGGCACCUGGCCGCCUGCGCAUCCCCGGUCCCCCUGGUGCACCCGGCGGCCUGUCAGCAGCAGCGCGCCCGGCGGACGCGCGCCGCCGCACCCCUGCGCUGCCAGGCGGCGGCACCGGCAGUGGCCGCCGCGCCGCGCCCCGAGGGCAAGUUUGAGCCCCAGGUGUGCGUGGUGCUGGGCACGCAGUGGGGAGACGAGGGCAAGGGCAAGCUGGUGGAUAUCCUGGCUCAGGAAUACGAGAUUGUGGCUCGGGCGCAGGGCGGCGCAAACGCUGGCCAUACCAUCUAUGACAGCGAGGGCAACAAGUACAAGCUGCACCUCAUCCCCUCGGGCAUCCUCAACCCCAAAGCCACCUGCGUGAUCGGCAAUGGCGUGGUGGUGCACCUGCCGGGGCUGUUUGAGGAGAUCCGGGGCAUGAAGCAGCGGGGCGUGAGCGUGGAGGGGCGCCUGCUGAUCAGCGACAGGGCCCACAUGCUGUUUGACCUGCACAAGGAGAUCGACGGGGCGCGCGAGGCGGAGCUGGCGGGCAUCGGCACCACCAAGCGCGGCAUCGGCCCGGCCUACAGCUCCAAGGCAACCCGCAACGGCGUGCGGGUGGGCGACCUCAAGCGGCCAGAGGCGUUUGCCGACAAGCUGCGCAAGCUGGCGCAGGAUGGUUACAAGCGGUUUGAGGGCUUUGAGUAUGAUGUGGAGGGCGACAUCAAGGCAUACCAGGAGAUGGCCGCCACGGUGGCGCCCUUCAUCUCAGACACCGUCUACCAGAUCAACGAGUGGUACGACGAGGGCCGCAAGAUCCUGAUCGAGGGCGCCAACGCCACCAUGCUGGAUAUCGACUUUGGCACCUACCCUUACGUCACCUCCUCCAACCCCUCCAUCGGCGGCGUGCUGACGGGGCUGGGCGUGGCCCCCAACAAGCUGGGCGCCGUGAUCGGCGUGGCCAAGGCUUACACGACUCGCGUGGGUGCCGGCCCUUACCCAACUGAGAUCUUUGGGGAGCUGGCCGAUGAACUGCGCGAGGUGGGCGCCGAGUACGGCACCACUACGGGCCGCCCGCGCCGCAUCGGCUGGCUGGACAUGGUGGCCCUCAAGUUUGCCUCCCGCAUCAACGGCCUGACCCACAUCAACCUCACCAAGCUGGACGUGCUGUCGGACCUGGAGGAGAUCAAGGUGGGCGUGGCGUACCGCCAGCCCGACGGCCAGCUGCUGCACACGGUGCCCGAGGACCUGGAUCUGCUGGAGCAGUGCGAGGUUGUGUAUGAGACGCUGCCUGGCUGGAAGCAGGACAUCAGCAAGGUCCGCACCUGGGAGGACCUGCCGGAGAAUGCGCGCAGCUACGUGCGCUGGGUGGAGCAGGCGGUGGGCGUGCACUGCAAGUGGAUUGGCGUGGGGCCGGGCCGCGACGCCAUUGUGAUGAAACCUCUCGAGGUGCCCGUGGCGGCGGCGCGGUAGGCGGCUCCCAGACCCAGCCUAACCCCUGCAACGCAUGGCAGCUACCAGCGGCGGCAGCCAGGGAUGGCCGCCAACCGCUGCGCCGGCAGCUGCCCGCUGCACCUGUACUGUCUGUCUGCCCAGCCCGGCGCCUCUAGAGAUCUGCUGGCGCCAGGCGAGCUUUUUUUCCCAUACCGUGAGUGUGUGCGCUGCUCCUUCCGCUAUUCUCUCUUGGUUCCAUCACUCCCAACCCUGCUCCUCCCCCUCGCAUGCAUACUCCCGCUGCUUGUUUCUAGGGCCCAUGGCAUGGCCUCUCAGUAGCUUUUCAGGAACCCCUCUUUGCUGUACUGCAACUCUCCCAUCAACUCGAGUGCAUUACUGCUGUUGUAAGCUGCAAAAGC